GGUCCUACAGGGUUUUCGGGCCUGGCUAUAAGUGCCAGGAGGGGCUCAGCUGCCUUUAAGAGCCAUUUGCUCUGGCAAGAUAUCGGUACAGAUGGGUAAAAAUUACUGAUUAUCAUAAGUGUCAGCUAAUCGACAAAAACGGUGUUAAAAUCCUUUGACUUUAAAGAACCAGCUUGAUGGAUCAGGCUCCUGGUGUGUCUAUUAAGUGUGGAUGUAUUUAUCGCAGCUGGGGUCGCAAUCACUGGUGUUGCAAAAAGAGGGUUUCUUUGAACGAGUAAAUGAAUUUGCCUGGCUGGUGGUAGCAGCCAUCUGAUUUCAAUCCGAGGAAAAGCACAUGGAGACUGUUGCUCUGAAAUGCGGCUGUUCGAUGUGGAGGCUCCGUAGUUCUGGACUUCAGGCUUGUCUCUUACCCACUUAAAUGUCCUCUGUGGUGAUGCUCUAUAUGGCUGAGAUGUUUGGUUUCUUGAUCUUAAAAUUUUUGGUACGACGUGCUGAAGUGGUUAGCUUAGCCUUACCUAGUCAAAUUCCCAGUCGCGGCCUAAAUUUUAUUUAAUGCCCCUUUUAUUGUUUGCCUGGUGGUAGUUUGGAAUAGCCUCCUUGGUAUUAAAGUUUUCCCUCAGUGUUCUUUCACAUAUUAUAGGUGGAAGGUCUAUGGUCUCUGCAUAAUACCAGUCUUGAGGCAGGUAGCUAAGCUUGCUAAGGGGCUAGCUGGUCUUGGCUGGGUGAGUUGUAUUUCUGGUGGGGUUUCCUUGGCCCAUGUGGUAGCCAGCUGUCUACCUUUAACAGGUUCGAAGCAGGGCAGAGAGGGAGGACUGCGAUUUUAGAUGUUUCCCCCUGCCUGCUUGCCAGUCUUUAGCCUGUUGGGAUGGUUUAAUCUUCUUGAGUGGUCACAUGCCUGGUGGGCGGAGUCCUGGCCGCAGUUCACUCACUGGGUGCCAGCACAGCCUGUGGUGGCCCAGAGUAUGCAGUGGGUUGUUUGGACUAACAUUGUGCUGGUUAGUCCUUCUGCCUGCUUGGAUGACUUGGAUGCUUGUGGUGAAUCUGUUCGUUCCAGCAAAUGUUUUUUAAUGAAUUGGAUCUUUCUACUGUUAAAGCAAUGACGUCAAAGGUUUUUCUGUGGUCUGUCCUUCUCGUCUUGUCCUCAGUGCUGGUGUUGGUAGGAUGCUUGCAGGGUGGACACCAAAGCUCAGUGAUCUCCACUAGCUUUCAUUCACCUGACAUGUGCCUCAGUGCAGUUGGACCUCCAGCUCCUUGUUGCCUACGGUAGCUAGUGUGCUGGCUUUCUACUGCAUCGUUAUCCACCUCCAGUGACUCAAGUGCAUGAUUGUACUUGCGUUCAGCUUCUUAAUUGAUUAUGCCAGCACGAUUGAGUGCAGUUAAUGGGAUUCGGUAUGUGCCAGAUGGCUGUGGUUCGCUGUAUUGGUGCCGGGUGCUGGCUGUCCCAAGCUGAUCUCUCCUGGACUAAAAACCCUCCCAGUGUCCAUGGAUGAGUCAUAUAGGCAAGUUCUCCAGACAAUAAUGGGUCUUGAAUCCAUGCAAGAAAAUUAAGUAUUCCGUAGCGUAGAGUGUUCUCAAGGCAACCAUGGAUUUAAUGAUGAAUUAUUUUUAAUGAAAAGCAGUCUGGUGGCCUAAGUGAUGAUGGACUUUAGGCCUGUGGUUGUGUGAAGUGGCUGUUGCUUUACAGUGUAGGGUGGUGUCUGGCUCAUCCAGCCCACUAAUUAAUUCAGUUUGAUUGGAUCUUUACAACAUUAUGAACUGAUGUUCUAGUUACCAAGGCAAAAACUAUUGCUUCUUUCAGAGGAUUAGGUGCCAUUUCACUAUGUGGGAAAAAAAUGUCAAAUGUGUUUCAUUGAUUUUACUUUGUUUGUAGGCCUUGAACAAUGGUGAGGAGAAAGAUCAUUCAGCUUAAUUUGCAUCAACCAGCCAUUUAAAUACUCAAAGGUAUAUAGCUAUCAAGUGAUGUACUUAAUUAUUUAUACUAUAUAAUUAAGAGCCAAAAGCUUUCGUAGAAGUACAGCAAGUCAGAAAUCUGAAAUGCCAGGGUAUUUCAUGGUGAGUGUGUAAAAUGCACCAGUUAAUCCUAAUUAUGAGUUCAGAUGGAUUGGGGAGGGGGCAAUACAGAUGGUGAUGAGGCAAUCGAGCACCUGGACUGCCGCAGUGGGUAUUUAAAAGGAUGUUGCGUCAGAGAGGCUCUCUGUUUGUUACACUUCCUGUCACUUGACAUGGUCCAUCAUAUGGCUGGGCAAUUAAUUGAAAUUAAUCAAAACCAACAUUUGGAAUCUCUAAUCAAUGUAAUCUUGCCCAUGUGGUUUACUUCAUUUUUAAAAAAUUCUGUUAAUACUUUCCCCACUGUUCGUUUAUGUCCUUUCCCCUUAGAAACAUACUACCGCGUGUGUUGUCACAUGACUCCGCCGUGUCCAGUCUGCAACAUGGAAACAUGGAGAACUCAAACACUGAGUGGACCGACUGAGCAACUCCAGCAUCUUGUACCAAAGAAAAAUGCUGUGUCUGUUGUCUGAACACAUUGUGGGUCUAGUGAAGACUGCAACAAAAAGAGGUCAAAUGGAAACACUGUGGAAAAACCGUUCUAGCUACUAAAGGCCUCCAUGAUGCUCUUCAGAUAUCCUGAAGAAUGUGACUAUUUAGGGCCAAGGAUGGGUGUACUCCCCCCAGAAUGGGCAGGAGCACCACCUCCAGAGGGCCAUAUCAGCCCAGCAGGUGUACGGGGAGAAGCGGGACAACAUGGUCAUCCCCGUACCGCAGGCGGAGAGCAACAUCGCCUAUUACGAGACGCUCUACCCUGGGGAGUUCCGGAUGCCCAAGCAGCUCAUUCACCUACAGCCGUUUAGUCUGGACACAGAGCAACCAGACUAUGACCUGGAUUCGGAAGAUGACGCGUUUCUGAACAGGCUGAAGAAGAAGAUGGAGAUCACUCCUCUGCAGUUCGAGGAGAUGGUAGACCGUCUGGAAAAGGGUAGCGGGCAGCAGCUGGUGACCCUGCAAGAGGCCAAGCUGCUGCUGAAGGAAGAUGACGAGCUCAUCCGCGAGGUGUUUGAGUACUGGACGCGCAAGCGGAGGCCCUCUGAGAGCAUCUCCCUCAUCUCCGGCAUCAAGCAGGAGAAGCGUGAUGGUUCCAGCACCAACGAUCCCUAUGUGGCCUUCCGUCGAAGGACGGAGAAGAUGCAGACGCGCAAGAACCGCAAAAACGACGAGGCGUCGUACGAGAAGAUGCUGAAGCUGCGCCGGGAUUUGAGCCGGGCCGUCACCAUCCUGGAGAUGAUCAAGCGCAGGGAGAAGAGCAAGCGGGAGCUUCUGCACCUCACGCUGGAGAUCGUGGAGAAGAGGUACAGCAUGGCCGACUUCGGCGGCGAGGUCAUGGCGGAGGUGCUGGCCCAGAGGGCCCUGGUGAAGCCCACAUACACCAUUCCCAUCAUUCCACUGUCCAGCAGCAACCAGUACAGGCACCAGGAUCACAUGGAGAUGGAGUACAAAGCUAAGCCCGAGAAGACAGAAGUCGUCAGGACGAAACGGAAAUAUGAGAAGAAGCCCAAAGUCUUACCACUGUCGGCUUCUGCACUGCAGCAGACAAGUCCGUCCGUGUUCAGUGUCAAGGACCUGAACCAGUACGAUUUUCCCAGCUCAGACGACGAGCCCUUUUCCCAGCAUAUUCAAUCAGGUUCCUCCGAUGUCGAGGAGGAGAAUGACCCAGACGGGCCCUUCGCUUUCCGGAGGAGGGCAGGCUGUCAGUACUACGCUCCUCGAGACGCCCAGGGUGCCAGCGGCUGGCCGUGGUGCAGCCCUUCCGAAGGAGGUCUGGGCGACGUGCUCUACAGAUACUGCCUCACCUCUCUGUCGGUGCCCAGGCGCUGCGUGGGCUUAGCACGCCGGCGAAUCGGCCGGGGGGGCAGGGUGUUACUGGACAGGGCUCAUACGGACUUUGACGAUUCGAUCGACGGGCCAGAUCCAGAGCGGCUGGUCCCCUUGCCCCGCAGCCUGGCUGAAGACCCCGCCGGUACCUCAGACACAAAUACCUCCGACAGAGGCCCCUCUCAUGACCUCAACCGCGUCCUGUCCAACAUCAAAGCGUCCCGCCGGAGACACUUCCGCCCCCGGACGCCGCCGCCACACAGUGUGCAUGGAGGGGAGGCCCAGUCCCAUCGCCCAUGCCAGGGAUUGAGCCGACUGUCUGCAGCACAAUCCGGAACCUUGGCAGGGGGACCUCCGUCUCAAAACCGGAGGGGUGGGAGCACUGCGGCAUUCCCUGCUGUCACGGCUGAACAGUACCAGCAGCACCAAGAGCAGCUGGCCCUCAUGCAGAAACAGCAGCUGGCGCAGACGCAGCUGCAGCUCAGCAGCAGCACGCAGGGUUCUGUGUCGAAGACGCUGGACUCUGUCAGUGCCCAGUUUGCUGCCUCCGCUUUGGUGACAAAAGAGCAGCUGAUCAGCUCCAAGCCCAAAGAGGAGGUGGUGCUGGGAGCCGGUGUCAAUGGUGUGGUCCAGGCCUCAGGAGUCUACAAGGGCUUGCAUCUCUCUAGCACUACGACAGUCCCGCCUCCCGUGAGCCAGCCAGUGGCAGCCGUCUUCGCCUUCCCCCAGCCAGCCACGAACAGCAGCAGCAAUGCCGUUGCCAUUUCUGCCAGCGAGCCUGCUCACCACACGCCCGCCGCCAACUCCACUACUCAGGUCCUGAUCGGGAACAGUGUGCGCUUGGGUGUGCCCCCUCCAGGGGGCGCUGUCGGCACCCUGAACACGCGGCAUCCACCCAGGACUAUGGGCGCGGUCCCGUCUGCCUUAAAGCUGGCCGCGCCCACGAACUGUCAGAUGCCCAAGGUCGCCGCCUCAUCAUCCAUGGACAUGGUGCCAAGGGAAAAGCAUGAGCAGGAGAAGGCAGCACUGAACAGUAUAGCGGACACCACGGUGGUCAUGGAGGUGACGUAGUGGCAGGUGGCCCUGCUCGCGGGGGCCCCCUCUAGGUGCUGUGCAUCGUAGCAUUCGGACCGUGGUGGCGUGCAGUGCGGCGUCUCCAUGGCGACCCCCGGGACUUAAUGGCAAUUCUCAUCUCUCACGCUUUUAAUUUUUUUUUGUUUUGUUACUGUUAAUAGGAGGAAAUCUGCGACUGUAAAUACGAAUAUGGCAAUUAUAUGUACAGUACUGCAUAUUUGUAAUAUCCCUUGUAUAUACGUUACUUGAAUACAGAACCGUUCAUUUGUGAUGUUUUGCACUUGGGAAAAAAAUAGAAAACUGGUGAGUGAGACGAGAGGGUUGUACAGAGAUAUGUCAUCACGUUGUGCAUGGUGAGCAACCUGCUGUUUUAUCUAUUUAUUGUGCUGUGUUUACAGGUUUUUUUUUUUUUUUUUUUUUUUUUUUUUUUUUUUUUUUUUUUUUUUUUUGUACACUGUACCCUCAUUGGUUCCUGUGCUGUAGUGAAUGUUAGGUAGCUAUGGACUCCUGUAAUUUUGUAUAUCGUGAAUUUUGGCUCGGUCCCCCUUGGGCUCCUGAGGUUUCUGUGUAGUGUGGAUUCAGUGGUGACAUAUGGAAUUGGCAGGUUUGGCGGGGGGGGGGUUGGGGGUGCUGCGAUUUGUUAGUGGGUAACCUUACGUAGUGGGAUCUUCCAUUUAAAUUGUCCCGACACAGGUAAUAAACUAAGAAGGGGGUUCUGGGCCUGAAGCCGGCCCUGCGUCUGAAGUAACACAAGCACUAUACUCCUUAUCGUGAUCAUUGCUGCUUUUCUAUAACCUGGGUCCCUGGUUUUCAUGACAUGGAGUCCCGAAUGCCUUUUUAAUCCCCUCAUUUUCUUUUGUAAAACACAGAUUGAGUUAUUUUUGUAUUUUUUUUCUCCUUGUGGUAAUGACUAUGCGUCUCGUAUCGAAAGACUUCAUUCUUUUGUUACUCGUUCAUGAAAAAGGAUAAAAGGGAGAUGAAUGGCAGUAAUUGUAUGUGUAUCAUCAUUCCAAUUUCUUAAAAAAGAGAGAAAAAUUACAAAAAAAAAAACAAAAGAGAAAAGCCAGCUUUUUCCUUUUUAAAAAUUCUCCAGAAAGCUGCAAGGCCAGAACCACAAGUAUUUGGGUGCCUUCCUUUGGAAUGACUUAUGCUCUCUUCUGUGAAGAGUAUGGUACUUUAAAACAAGGCUACUAGUAGUUUUUGUCAGUACCACAUCCUGAAUGCCCAGUCCAAUGGCAUCACUUAACCCUUGAGGUUUUCUAAUCCCACCUGGAAAAUGAAAAUGUGACCGAACUCUCACAAAAAAAUAAACCCCAGGGCAUUAUAUGUUGACCAGCAGA